AGAAAAAUCAUCGCCUACCAUUGCAGAAACACCCCACAUCCACCAAUCCUCCUCCUCCACCACCAUGGCAACUUCACUCUCACCACCCACCAUCCUCUCCUCCACCACCGCCGCCACCAAAUCGGCCCAAGCCCCCCUCACCGUCGCCACCAAAACCCACAUCUCAGCCCACCCCAACAAACACCCCUUCCCGGGCUCGGCCGCCGGUCUUGCAGCCACUGCCCUUGCCGCGGCCACCAUACUCACCACCACGCCACCUUCGCUAGCCGACUCACCGCCAGCGACCUACCACCUCUACUACGGCACAGCAGCCAGCGCCGCCAACUACGGGGGCUACGGCGGCAAUGCCAGCAAGAUGGACACGGCCGAGUACGUCUACGACGUGCCCGACGGUUGGAAAGAGCGGCUGGUCACCAAAGUGGAGAAGGGCACCAACGGGACGGACAGCGAGUUUUACAACCCCAAGAAGAGGACGGAGAAGGAGUACCUGACUUUCCUUGCCGGUUUUGGGCAGUUGGCUCCGAAAGACAUCGUGCUGAACAAUUUGGCUCUGUCCGACGUGGAUUUGCAGGACCUGAUCGCCCGUGCCGACAACAUAUCAUCGGAGGAGAAGAAGGAUGAGAAGGGGCAGCUGUAUUACGUGUACGAGAUCGAUGGGACCGGUGCUCACAGCUUAAUCUCUGUAACCUGUGCCAAGAACAAGCUCUAUGCCCACUUUGUGAAUGCGCCCGCUCCCGAGUGGAAUCGGGACCAGGAGACCUUGAGGCACAUUCAUGAGUCCUUUAAGACUGUCGGAUCCUCUUAGAACUUCUUCCCUGAGAAAUUUGUAUUCUGGGUGAUGAGUUUUGUAAGCUCUUUCGAGUUUGACAAUAUAAUGUGUAUCUCUAUAUAUACUUGUAUCAAAGUCUUGUAAACCAAUCGCAACGCAGGUUCCUUCAAACCAGUUACGUCGGAUUUUGCAA